AUGAGCAAUGACUUUGCAGUAUUUGGCCGUAAUCAUGAGAUGCAAGAUGCCCUUUCUGCGCUGCGAAACCUCAUCGAGAAGCAGCAGGAGCAUGCGUCGCCUGGAAACCACGACUAUCGAUUUCCUAAUCAGGAAGCUGAUGCAUCGUCGUUUAAUUUCUCGUCUGCUAAAAUGCCUAGUCUUGAGUCUGUUGUGUCUUUUUUGCGGCUUUCCAAAGAUUUUGAGCAAUUCAACGAAAUGUGCAGGAAAGUCUACUUUGCAACGGAGGACUAUUCUCUUAGCACAUUCGCCUUGGUGAACGGUGGACUAUUCUAUCUAUUCAAGGAGAUAGCCUUCAUACAAGGGAAAAAUGUUCCCGAAGCUGCUGAAAACGCAGCCCUCUGUCGCGCAAACCUCGAAUAUGCUAUCAGUCAUUUUAAUAUCUUCAUGGCGCCUACCGACGAGAACCUGCAGGCGCUACUGCUCGGCGCAUCUUAUGCAAUAGACAUAUCCCAACCCUCUCUAUGUUGGGCAUUGACGUCGACCGCGGCUCGCCUUUGCCAGACCCUCGGCUAUCACAGGUCUGUGGUCUUGCCUGGCGAUAGUCAGCUGGAUAUAAAUCUCAAGAAAAGGAUGUUUUGGUUUACGUACAUUCUCGAUAAAUCACUAUCCCUUCGACUGGGCCACUCGUCGAUUCUGCAAGAUUUCGAUAUCACGCUAACCUUCUCUGAUCUCUCGACUGAUUCCCAGAUGAGCAUGUGGGACACCUUGUAUCGCCAUUGGAUCAAAAUUGGAUACUUCCAAGGGCGCAUAUACGAGGAACUAUAUUCACCUCGCGCACUUUCUGGAUCAACAACUGAAAGAGCACAAAGGGCGAAGCAAAUCACUUCAGACAUGCGACAAUGGUAUCAAGAGACACAAACCCAACUCGACCCGUCUCGUGCGUAUAAUCCGCUCUACUACGAAGCAGCUGCGUCUUCUUCUGCGAUCAUGUACUAUGGCCUUUCGACGUUGGCUUACCGAGUGGUGCCGCCUGGGCCACUGGAUAGUUCCUCCAUAUUCAGCAAUGAAUGUAUUGAAACGGCGCGAGCGGCAUUGAGGGCGCACCAGCAAAAUACGGAGCGGUACAAACACACCAAUAGCCAUAUCUGGCAUGGUUAUAUUUCUUGGGUCCUUAUCAACUGUCCAUUCACGCCCUUCAUGGUCCUAUUCUGCCAUGCAAUCGCCACCGCAAAUCUGGACGAUUUGAAGUGCCUAGGCGAUUUUGUAUCCUCUCUCCAAUCAUCCGGUGAAUCAGUAGAAGCAGCCGAGAAACUCUGGCGACUCUGCCAUGUCUUCCAUCGCGUUGCGGAGCUAUACAUCGAGGCCAAGAUUAGCCAACAACAUCACUACCACCAUCAGCAUCAUAACCACCUUGAUAGCCAGAGUCGCCAUCACCUCAAUGAUAUACACCAACAACACUCCAUAUCAUCGCCGCCCACAUCAACAACUAAUAUCCGCAACACCGAAAACACCUCAAAUAAUGCAUUUAAAUACAACCCGCCAUUCCCAAUUGAUGAUUUUGAACCGUACCUCAGCGCCCUUGGCUUUCCUAACGCAGCUGGCUUUUUGAAUAUUGGUCAGCAGCAGCAGCAAACCGGACUAGCUCCCCCACCUACGGCGAUGGCAGCACCAUCAACAGCAGCAGGGGUUGGGGGCGGAGGACCAGCCACAGAAUACAAUGCUGGACCCGCGAACUUGGAAACAGGACUGGAAGCUGGCGAUGCUAAUUCUUUAGAGAACUGGUUCACGGGCAAUGUAAAUAUUAUGUCGCUUUUAGAGAUGGAUCUGUCGAGCAUUAUUAAAUAG